AUCACUUAUUCGACAGCCGUAGAUAAGGCCAAAACCAACGAUGAUAAAUUGAUAAUGCGUUUACCUGACCUGCAUCCCUAUAGAAUAUAGAUUUCCCUCAACUCGCAGCUCUUUCCGUCGUGUCGUCCGAAAUCAGAAUGGGAACUCCUUUCAAUUCAACUCCUCUCUCCAACACGAAGCCCGUCAAAUAUGAAUCUAUUUUCUUAGAUGAAUGGUGGCUCGUGAAGCCUCAACUGCAACGCAAGGGUUUAGCUGUUGGCGGCGUUGCUUCUAUCAACGGGAGAGAUACGGCGUUUUUUUCUACAGUGAUUGCAAAGAGACACGAGGCCAAUGUUCUUGAGACUGAAGAUGGCAUCACCAUUAUUUUCCGUGGUUUCAUUAACAACUCUCGUACAUCUCAGAAUGGUUUUCCAUCCGAGGUAUGUUCUCACUUCUUGGUUGGAUUUCCACACGAUUGGGAAACGUAUUCAGUUCGUGGUUUUGGAGAUGAAUAUAUAGAUGGGGUUCCUCGGUUUGGUGACUCGAAUACUUGUUCACAGAAGAGUGCUGAUGAUGAUUGUUUGCUAUCUUCCAUUCGUGAUAAUGAUUUCACCAAGAAGAAGGAUGUUUUACUAUCCGAUAAUGGGGAUUUGAAUUAUUGUUUGGCACCAGAAAAACUGGGAAAUUCUUUCGGGAAUGUUUCUAAGCAAUGUGAAUCAAUUGAUAACAUGGAAUGCGGUGUUAUCAAGAAGAAGACUAUAGAAUGUGAAUGUAAGGACAGGUCUCAGCCACAGGUUGAGAUGAUGUGCAAUGGUGAAAAUGGAGUAUCACAUGCUGCAGUUGAAAGCCAAGCUGGAAAUCCAGAAACUGCAGAAUCUUUAAUAGGCCAUUUGUCAAGUGAAUGCAAUGAGGAGCAACGUAUUAGGCAAAAGAUAUCAGAGGAUACAGGUAAUACAUGUAGUAGGACUAGGAUGGUAGGAAGAAGCAUUGCCAAAACAAGUCACGCAAUGCUAAAAAAAAAUAAAAAAGGUAAAGCAACCCCCGUUAGUUCUCCAGUUAGAAGAUCUCCUAGGCUAAAUCCUCUGUGACGCUAAAAUAUUGGUUGAUAAAUGAAACUUGUGAAAGAAAUACGUUUGCUAUUUUUUGGUUGAAAUGAAAAAUGUGUUUGUUGCUAAUGUAAAGGCAUUUGUCAUACUAUUAACUGCAUUUUUGUAAUAGAUACAAAGUAUAUCCGCUGAUAUAUUUAUUUUU